UCGGCCCAUAUCUCCCUGUGUUCGCCCCCUCUCUCUCUCUCACUCAGUGCGCAGGGCAAAGCACAGAAGUGUUAGAGAACCCUAGAAUUCGCCAAGUGCUAGGAAGAAAAUGUCUGCGGUGGGCGGCGGUUCCGGUGCCGGACAAGAGGAGGACAAGAAGCCUGGCAGUGAUCAGGCUAACCACAUCAACCUCAAAGUCAAGGGCCAGGAUGGGAACGAAGUUUUCUUUAGGAUUAAGCGAAGCACGCAGCUGAGGAAGCUUAUGAUGGCAUACUGCGAUCGCCAGUCAGUCGACUUCAACGCCAUUGCCUUCCUGUUUGAUGGACGGAGGCUCCGCGGAGAGCAGACUCCGGAUGAGCUUGAGAUGGAGGAUGGAGAUGAGAUCGAUGCUAUGCUGCACCAGACUGGAGGUGGAUAUGGGAGUCCUUGAUGCAAAUUGGACUGCAAGACUAUGUUAUGGUAGUAUGAACUACAGAGGGUAAGGAGGAGAGACUUUUGGUGCUAGGUUUCUUUAUUUUGCUUAUAUUGGUGAAAAUGCCUGUAAAUUGGAUGGCUUUAGUGAGCCUUUUUCAAAACAAAAUUGUGGCUUUUUAGUAAUAACUAUGCUUAGAAAUUUCAUGUCGUUGACAUUGUCAUUGUCAUUGUCAUUGUCAUCCCCCCCCUCUGACAUUAAACUCUUCAUUAUGAAUGCCGUAUUGCACUUCUAUUCUGCUUGCCGACACCCUCACAUAAAUGAAUCAUGAGAUUUGAAAGGCCACUUGCUUGUAUUUAAAAUGAGUUCUACAAAUUGGGUACGCAACUGCAUUGUGGAUGUAAUAUUGAACUCCUCAACUGGCUUUCCUAAAUAUUUGGUUGACAUUCCAGGCAGAGAAGCAAUACUUAGAUGGAUGCCCCCAAGGGGGUGAAAAAAAAAAAGCAUUAAUUGGAUUGUAAUCUGGGCCUAUGAUUCAGAAUAACUGGGUUGCAUGACUGUUGAUAUUCACCUAAAGUGUGCAGAAAUUCUUUAAAAGCUCCUGUAGUUGUUGCAUACCCUAAAGUCCCUCUGCUCAUCAAUAGUAUCGACGGGGAAAAGGGAUGGGGACUGGCUGUACUAGGAGUGAUAGAAGUGUGUACUCCUACCUUCGAUAAGUCUCAGGCUGGAAAUUGGAGCUUUUUGUAGUUCUUCCAGCUGCAAUAGUUCAGAAUAUAAAUAGUAGAAGAUUUA